AACAACUAGCGUUUUGAACACCUAAAACAGCUCAGUUACUGAAGAACAAAAAGCAUCAAAAGCAAGUCAUGCAGGGAGUGAUAUUAUUGCUGAUGCACAUUUGCAUCGUUCACGCAUGUGAAAAAUACAGCUUUGUCAAAGAACAAGAUGUAGAAUUCAAAGACCACGUGAUAACAACCAUGACCACGCMAUWUGUCGAGUUGUGCUGGGAUAAAUGUGUAUGGAUCACGAAUUGCUUCUCCAUCAAUGCUCGUGUCAACAGUUUUGGGAUGUUUGAAUGUGAUCUGAACAACUCCAGCAAGAAAGCGAGUCCAGGGAGCCUGGCACCAACACAGGGAUCCCAGUACCACCAGAUGGGGGAUACGAAAGAAUGUGACCUAAAUGGAUGCACAAUUAUCAAGGAAGAUUUGGGUGGAGGAUGGUAUCGCAUUAAUGAUGCUGCUGUGAAGAUAAUCCAUGAAAACAAAACCUGGAUCGAUGCACGAGCCCACUGUCAGUCCCUUGGAGCUGAUCUGGCUUCUAUAAAAACAAAUUAUGAAAAUCUCUUUAUUAUUGAUUUGUUUUUGAAAAGUAUGACGUCAAAAGGCAAUAACAUAGCACUACCAGGGAAUGAUUUACCAGGCUUGUUGAAAUACUGGGUACUUGAUGGAACCGAUGGAGACGUCGUGCUGAGGGGAACUCCUUCUCCAAGGUAUGAAGUGGUCGAUGGAGAAAAAGCACUUUACCUUCCUGGAUUCAACGGCUACGCAGAAGUCCCGGCAGUCGUAAUGAAUCCCGAGGGAUACACGUUCAUGUUGUGGCUCAAGCCUGCCAACCAGAGUAUAGUACAAUAUGAAACUAUAUACAGUGAUUGGAAAGUUCAACCGAGGUUUUACUUAAGAUUGGGCAGGGGAAAUAAAGGUCUCUUUUUUAGUGUAAUGAAACAAGAAGGCGGAUCAGAGAUUGCCGCUUACGCAUAUAUUGACACAAAUGCUUGGAACCACAUCGCUGUCACUUGGAACAAUGCUGUAGCUAAGGUCAGGAUUACUGUAAACGGGACACAGAAAAUCAUUAGGGAUGCUGUGCCUAUCUUACCUACGACCCAGAAUACCUAUUACCUUGGUGUCUUGGGUGGGGAAACACCUAAUGUCGAUAAAAACGAUGCAUUCCAUGGUCACGUGAGGCAUUUGAUGGUCUUCAAUAACAGUAUGACUGAUCAAGAGAUACAAGCAGCCAUCAAUUAUGAACAAGGUAGUUUUUGGAUUGGUCUUAAUGCCCUGAAUGAUAGCAGUACCUUCAAGUGGAGUGAUGGGACAAGUACCCAAAACAUGGUGUUGCCUUAUUUUCUAGAAGCUCCUCCCUCUUAUGGUCCAAGAUGUGUUGCAGUGAAGAAGAACGGGAAGUGGUUUGACAAUUACUGCACACGAUUAAGUUACUUUGUUUGUGGCAAACCAAUCCCUUAAGGUGACUGUGAUAACAUACUUGCGCACAAAAACCGCUGACUGAAGUGACAUAGUAACCUUUCAUUUUUUUCGAAAUGCAUGCUUAUGAAUUCGCUGCAAAAAGAAAAGAACGCUUGAACUUUGCACCAGUGCCUUCUAAUUAAGUUUAAAGAAAUCCGCCUGGGCUUUAUUUAACAGAUAAACCAUCACCAUCACGUGGUGGCAGCCAUGACAAGAGGCACAACAUUAGAGUUAUUUUCCCUGGGAAACUGAAUUCUUUCUCACGUAAAUCAGAUUAGGUCAGAUUCAAUUGUCCCUGCCUCGUGUCAUGGCUGUCAUCACGUGAUGGUGCAAAGCCUCUAUUAGCGUUGAUAUUUGCUAUGUAUUAUGCUUACUAUAUUUUUUCUUCGUGGCUGCAAAUUCUGUUCACCGUUAUGUAUAUCGAUUGCGUUGAAAAUGAAUUUUUAGUCAGUUUUUAAAACAACUACGUUUCAAAGCUAUAAACAGUAAGCAAGAGAGCAUAAAUAAGAAAGGGAAACUUUAGGUAUAUCGCGCGCACCAUGGAAAUUCCCGGUUGGCCUAUUUUUAGAAACCGGAUGCAGUUGGAUUUUUGCCUUACCCUACUGCAGUGCGUCAUCUACUAGCGCGCGAUCUCUCCGUUUGUCGUUUCGAUCACAGAAAUGAAACGGAAAGAGCUCGCGCGCAAUAACUGAUGAAGCACGUUAGUAGAGUAGAGCAGAUUUCGUGUGACCAUGAAAAGCUCAGCACGGACACAGCCACGUCAAGGUCACGGUAAUGCCAGACCAAUCACAUUGCGAGAGAGAAAAAAUCAGCCAAUUGA